GGCAGCGCCGCUUCACCGCUGUGAUUCAACUGGUCAAAGGAUAAAGUGUCACAGAGAAAAACUCCUGCUGAAGCGACUGAUCUCUACACUGUUAUAAAGAUGGCGUUUAUUAAAGAGGAGAGUGAAGAUAUGAAGAUUGAAGAGACAUUCACAGUCAAUCAGGAAGAUCUGCAGGAACAAACAGAUCUGAUGGUCCUGAAAGAAGAGACACAUCAAUGGAAUGAAAUGGAAGAGAAACACCAAGACAUAACGACUGAUGAAAAACCCACACUGACUAAAAUGACUUCAUCAUGCAGAAGACCUCGGAAAUCCAAAUCUAAGUUUAAUUUCAGCAGUAAACAGAGUAGAAAGAGUUUCAGUCAAAAGCCAAAGCUUGAUGUUCACAUGAGAGUUCACAAAGGGGAGAAAACUUGCACCUGCAAACAGUGUGGGAAAAGCUUCUAUAAAACAUCAAGUUUAACAAUGCACAUGAGAAUUCACACUGGGGAGAAGCCUUACACCUGCAAACAGUGUGGAAAAAGCUUCUGUAAUACAACAAACUUGACAAUGCACAUGAGAAUACACACUGGGGAGAAGCCUUACACCUGUGAACAGUGUGGAAAGAGUUUUUGUCAAAAAGAAAACUUUAAAACCCACAUGAGAAUUCACACUGGAGAGAGGCCGUACACAUGCCAACAGUGUGGAAAAAGCUUCCGUCAUGCAGGAAACUUUACAGUGCACAUGAGAACUCACACUGGAGAGAGGCUAUACACAUGCCAACAGUGUGGAAAAGGCUUCUAUCAUGCAGGAAACCUUGCAGUGCACAUGAAAGUUCACACUGGAGAGAAACCUUACACAUGCACAGAGUGUGGUAAAAGUUUCACAUAUAAAAGCACACUCAAACACCACAUGAGAACUCACACCGGAGAGAAGCUGUUUGCAUGUGCUCAGUGUGGAAAGAGCUUCACAACCAAAUCUAGCCUCAUGAACCACAUGAAUGGUCACACUGGAACCAUAGUGUUCACAUGUGAUCAGUGUGGAAUUAAACUCACACGCAAAGACUACAUUAGGCGACACAUGAAGACCCACUCAAGAGAGAAUCGUUUUAGAUGCAGUGAGUGUGGAAAGGGCUUUACCCAUAAAAGAAGUCUCAGCGCUCACAUGAAGCUUCACAAUGAAGAGCAGAGUCCUGAAAAAUGAGGCCUUGUCCACAGAAACACGUGUAUAUUCAAAACGGCAGCUUGUUCAUG